GAAAACAAUACUACUAGUAUUAAAGGAAGGAAAAAAGAAAUCCCCUUUGGUUUUGGCAAGUUAAACAAACAUGAGGGCUCCGUUGAUUUUACUAGUUUUCUUUCAAGUUCUUGCAACUAUAUUAUUUCCUGUAUCUGUUUCAUCACUAGAUGAAGCAUACCCAUCUCCAUAUCAAGAUGAUGAAGCUUCUUGUUUUAAAAAGACUGAAACUUUACAACCAAUCAGAAGAGAAAUUUAUGGGAAUGGUAGAAUCAUUGAUAUUACACACAAAUUCACACCAAAGACACUUAGUGGGCAUCCAGAUGGGCUUGUUGAUUUUCUUAAACUAUCUUCAGAUAUGAGAAAUGGGUCACUUUAUAAUUUCUCAGUUAUGAAGUUACCUCUUCAUUCUGGUACUCAUGUUGAUGCACCAGGACAUAUGGUUGCUGAUUAUUUUGAUGCUGGCUUUGAUGUUGAUACUCUUGACUUGGAUGUUCUCAAUGGUCCUGCGUUGUUGGUUGAUGUUCCAAGAGAUUCGAAUAUAACAGCUAAAGUCAUGAAGUCCUUAAAUAUCCCCAAAGGAGUAAGGCGGGUACUUUUUAGAACAUUAAACACCGACAGGGGCCUGAUGUGGAAGGAGGAGUUUGACUCUAGCUAUGUAGGGUUCAUGAAGGAUGGGGCACAAUGGCUGGUGGAUAACACUGACAUAAAAUUAGUUGGGAUUGAUUAUUUAUCUGUUGCUGCCGAUGAUGAUUUGGUUCCUGCUCACCUUGUUUUCUUUGAAGGAAGAGAGGUCAUUCUAGUUGAAGGCCUAAAAUUAGAUGGUGUGAAAGCUGGAAUAUAUAAUGUCCAUUGCUUGCCACUACGAUUGGUGGGUGCUGAGGGAUCUCCUAUAAGAUGUAUUCUCAUGAAAUGAUGCUUUUUUUGUGAGUGCUUCUGGACGAGAUUGGUUGAUGGCAAGGGAUCCAUUCCUUUUUUACUGAUGUAAAUCUAGUCGGUGCUCCCAUGUUUAACAGUUCUUCAAAGCCUUGGGGGCCAAACUAGUUCCUUUCAUCCUAAGUUCAAAUAAAGUGUAGUUUACUCUGAUGCUGCAUUGUUAAGAUUGUGUAUUUUGUGCAAACGUGGCAUGGGGGUGUUCUUGUGCAUAUUUAUAAAGUUUCAAUACAUAAUAAUAAAGUGUUGUUUUCAA